GGAACUAUCACUGUAGUGAAGAAGGUAUAUGACUGAGCGUUAUGCAUAACCUCUAGGGGUUUCUGUUGACGGCUAUGGGUAUAGCCAGCGCAAAGCAAGGCGACGAAUGCGGUGAAGAAGUCAUGUCGUGAUGCGGCUUGGGUGUAUACAAGGCUUGACGUCACUGUCACCCACCUCACUGUCACCACCUCACCGUCGCCCAGCAACGGCUUGCGCCGGCAGAACGGGAACUUGCUUUUGCCUGACCAUCGUCCGCAGCAACAACACAACUACUACUCUACAUCAAUCUCAGAUCAGGCAAGCUGCGUCCCAACUGGUCUCAGCACCGCGGCCUAUCACCAAUUGAGCUACGCGCAGACGCCGUUACAAUGCCCUUAUUUGCUCCCAAUGAGUCAGGUACGUUUCCACUCUAUUUGGUAGGCGAU